AUGAGCUUGGCGGAGACCUCCUUUCACUCCUCCAGUAGUAGCGACGACUUUGCUGCCUUCCUGGAUGAGGAGCUGGAGUCAGCUUCCUCUGACACUUCUCCAGAAGUUGGAGCGAAUGACGUCGAAGAAGAGGGCGGAGACGUUCUAUCUAAACAACGAAGGUACUGUUUGCCCUCGUCCUUCCCUCUCUUCCGCAUCCUGGGUCUUGUGGUUUCCUCUUCCAGAGACGUGGAACAAGUGCUUGGCCUCUCCUCUUCUGUUGCCAAUCUUCGCAUUCAUUUAUUUUUGAGAUUCAUUUUCGUGUCAAGCACUCAUUCCCUUCAAUCGUUAGCUCAUCUAUGGAGAGAGAUGUCCGACGAAACAAUGGCACGGGCAUGCGCUCCAUUUUUUCUUCCUCCAGCGAAUACUCUGCUCGUUGCCAUCCCCGGGGGGUUAAUUGGUUUCGAUCUGGUUUGUAUUUUCUCGGAGAUAACAAGGCAAGUUUGCCAAGUUAAUCAACAAAAUCCUGCAUUACAUUCUAAGGAAGAAAAAACCCUUUUUUUGUUUGAAGUUGUCCCAAGGAAGAAAAUCCAAACUCAAUCUUCAUCAUUCUUAAGGAAACAUAGCCAGAGAAACAUGACAAUCGAAACAGAAAUGUUUUCGACGUUGUUCAUGAUCAAUAUCUCCUGUGGGUCACCUUGAAUUCAUUCUGAACCAGGGGCAGAGUUUCAUCUUGUGGGAAAGUUUUGUUAUCUAUUCUCUUAUAAUUUGAUGAUGCGAUAUCUCAGCGUAGAAACCAGGCGCUUUGGAGUAUCAGCAUUCAUUACACCUUGUUUUAAACGUGAACGUUGUUCUAUCUGCUCAUAUUCAUUUUGCAAAUGAAGAAAGGUUUGUUGAUUCAUAAUAGAUGGGAUAAGCGUGUUGGUUAUUUAGGUUUCUUUCUUUUGCUGAGCUGCUUGCUUUAUUUUUUUGCUAUGAAUGUGAUGCUCCGGUGUUGAAAUUAAACCCCAAGCCCAGCGCCAUCCACUUGUCUGGCGUUCUUCAAAAACCAUGUCAAGGUCAUGCGCGGUAUUUGUGUGCAUGCCUUUGCUCGAGGAGUAGAUGGCCUUCUGAUUUUUGGCAUAUUUUCUAGGAGAGGAACAUUGUGAUAAAAUCCAUUCAUCUGUUACCCGGUCACUCGGACAUUUUGCAUAAAUUUAUGGAGCAGUAAUAGCUGGUUGAUUUCAUUUAGUCCUUUGUCGCCCUAAUUCAUCUCCAAAUUUUCUAACACAUACACUUCUCUCCAUCUAAAAGUGCGAUAGAGCUUAUGAAAUUCCAUUUACUAGCUUAGGGACAGUCAUUUAUAUGGGUUGUAAUUCCCACUGGCCACUCUCAUGGAUCAUCCGUGUGUAGAGGACCAUCUGAAAAAGUAAUACAUAAGUUUAUGUCAUGUUCUGGGUAUUCUUCAGCACAUAUUUUACAUCGAUUCCUCUGUGAUUUGCGGGUUUUGAGGCUUUUCUUGCUGUAUUGCAGGGUUAAAAGGCGGAGGGUGGAGACUGCAGAAGGUAUGAACAAAACCAACCCUCACGAAUUCCGACAAUGUCGAGGGAAGUUGUGAAUAUUUGACCAGUGAACAAGCAUCUAGAAUUGAUGGAAAACAGGAGAUGCACGAUGGAGUGAUGGCCCAUUUUUCAUCCGUGGUCUUAAUUGUUGAUACAAUUCUAGUGAUUGUUCCCCAUGUGAGUGGGAUGUAACUGGUGUUUCUCUUCAGCAGAAUCCCUUCAAUUGAUCGAGGAGACGUCCAGGGUCCAGCAAACUGAGAAGCCUUGCAUGCAUCCUGGUUUUUUUAAAGGACUGUGCAUGGUAUGUGGACAGAUGGAAGAAGACAACGCGUUAGGUGUUCCCUUAGGCUACAUACAUAAGGUAUUCUACUCUUUGGUUCUGCCUCGUGGGCAUCUGUUUAUCGUAGUUUGUAGCAGACUUGGCAUGGGCGAUGUUUCUUAUACUUCUUUCCAAUAAAAAGAAAAGAACUCUCACGUUGAUUUUCUUGCAGAAAAAAUAAAAUAAAAUCUGAUUCAGUCCUUUGGUCAAUCUGGAUCUGUGUUAAUAGUUUCACCAAAUCACUGAAUCUCGAGGCAUUAUCUAUUGUUGAAACAGAAGAAACACCAUGGAACUUGAUGAAAGCGAUCAUCAAGAUCUAUUAGUUGCAUGAUAUUUAUAUAUCUCUGUAGUAAUGUCAUCAAUGGUUUUGGAUUUUUCAUCUGAAUUCAUCGGAGUUUCGCUGCUAGCAAAGAGGAUACCAUCCUCAUCUUGCAAACCCCGGAUAGAGGAGGAUAGAAAUAAAUUUGCUGGUUCGAAUUCAUUUUUUUGGGGCUUAAAUCGAUGGGAAUAGGAGGAUUAGAUCGUCAUUUAAAUAUUUUCGCAUGAAUCAGCAGACAUAUGGUGAGGCGUAUUUGGCUGGUUUUUAAACUUGCUCCUUCAUGUGCAGCAAGUUCUCACAGAGCCGUAGUUGCAUUUUGAUGUCUCUCUCUCUCUCUCUUAAUCUGGGGUAUUUGCAGGACCUAAAGUUGGGUUCAGCAGAAAUCGACCGUUUACGUGGGGCUGACUUGAAGAAUCUUUUGCGUCAGAAGAAACUAAUCCUGGUUUUGGACUUGGAUCACACCCUCCUCAAUUCAACCCGUCUAGUUGAUGUUUCUUUUGAAGAACAACAUCUGAUUCAGCAGGCGCAUACUACUACUACACAAGGUAUCUCUAUCCAUGCCAUCGGCGAGGUGGCUCAUCCCUCUUGCAUUCGAUUCAUCAUUAUAUCAUGUAAUAAGUCUUUGCUCAGUGAGUAAGCGCAGGAUUUCAUCCUAAUCAGUCACGUCUAUGCUCGUUUCUGAGCAUUUCUUUUACAUCUGGUAGCUACUUUCCUCAAGAUCAUCAUUUUACACAAAACAACUUCCACCAAAAGUCCUUCGCAUUGAGAUAUUUUGUUUUUGUUUUGGAUGUGAUUGCAUUCAUUGGAAUCAUUCAAUUAGCAAUUCUUUGAUUUUCUACCCAGGAUCACGGGUUUUUUUCUAUAAAUUAAUAGUCAGCACGAGGCCAUGCUCGAUUCCAGUCUCCUCUGACAGCAAAAGGGUUCCUAGGUUUUCCCUUUUAAGCAAAUUAGCUUGCAUUUCAUGAAGACCUGUUCAUGAUUUGUGGUUAUGAUCCUCGUUGCAUGGUGAUGCCCAAAUGAUUUGCAAUCACAGAUUAACAUCUCGGCCAUGAUCAGAACCGAGAUUAGAGAUGAUAUCUGGGCUGAUCUCGAUCGAUCUUGUCCCAUAUUAUAUAUAUAUUUUCUCCUGUUCUUAGACGGCACCGGCGGAACCCUCUUCAGACUGGAGGCCAUUCACAUGCUGACCAAGCUGAGGCCAUUCGUCCACACGUUCCUCAAGGAGGCGAGCAAGCUCUUCGAGAUGUACAUCUACACCAUGGGCGAGCGCUCUUAUGCUCUGGAAGUGGCCAGAGUUCUCGACCCCGAGAGAGUAUACUUCAACUCCAAGGUCAUCUCUCAGUCUGAUUGCACCCAGCGGCACCAGAAGGGGCUCGACGUGAUCCUCGGCGCCGAGAGCACCGUCCUCAUCCUCGACGACACGGAAAUGGUGAUCUUCGACUCGGGUUUUGGCCCAGGUGGGCGUUGACCUUUGUUUUGUGUUCAUGGGGCGCGUGUUUGCAGGUGUGGCAGAAGCACAGGGAGAACCUGAUCUUGAUGGAGAGGUACCAUUUCUUCUCCUCGAGCUGCCGCCAGUUCAACUCCCCCGAGAAGUCUCUGUCGGAGCUCAACAAGGACGAGAGGGAGUCGGAUGGGAUACUCGCCACCGUUCUCGAUGUCCUCCGGCGUGUUCAUCGAGCCUUCUUCGACGAGGUCAGCGAACCCUUCUCGCGUUGACUUUUGCUUGGGGUGUUCUGAUCCUGAUCUCUCUCUCUCCCGUCAGGUCAACGAAAACGAUGCUGCCACCGGCGACGUUCGACAGGUGAUUUCUUGCGUCAUUUUUUCUUUUCCUGUGAUUGAUGUCUGAAAGCCCAUCGUUUUUUUUUAUUUUUUGUUUCUCUCUCUCUCUCUCUCUCUCGGUUGGGGAUGAGAAGGUGCUGGGGAGGAUCCGCAGGGAAGUCCUGGCCGGGUGCCGGGUGGUCUUCAGUGGGCUGUUCCCUUCCAACGUGGCGCCGCGAGAGCAGGCCAUCUGGAGGCUGUGUGAGCGACUGGGGGCGAGCUGCUGCGGUGAGGUGGACUCCACCGUGACCCACAUCAUCUCGGUGGACCCCGGCACGGAGAAGUCCCGCUGGGCCCAACGGCGCGGCAAGUUCCUGGUCAACCCCCGCUGGGUCGACGCCGCUCACUACCUCUGGCGCAGGCUGCCGGAGGAAGACUUCCCCGUCGCCAAGCCCAAUAACCCGCCAUCCCCAUGA